AUGGAGUGGAUAGGGAUCAAAGAACUAUCUAAAGAGGUUGUGUAUCUGAUGAUAGGUGAUGAGUCUUCCAAAGUAUACAACGAAAAGGUAACCAGAGUAGAAAUGCAUUCAAUAGGCUAUUUCUUAGUUGGUGAUGAGAAAGUGAUCAAAGGAAGCAAAAGAUACUACUGCUCUUGUAAUUACAAAGCAUGUUGGCACAUAAUCAGUGUGGCUCUUCAAUCAAACAACACAAGUGAUUCCUGCACAGAGAUGCACACAGCUGUAUCAAAUAUACCUGAGAUUUAA